AUGAGUUCCGAGAAGCAAAACAAAGAUAUUACUCUUCAAACCCAAGAAGAAGGAGCAAAAACAUUUCAACUCGACAAAACACAAUUAGACGAAAUUCCUGAAGAAAAGAAAUCUGAACGCUCUCAAAACUGUGCUACGUGGAGUCAGAAUCUUUUGAAAUCAAAGAAAUUUAGUAAGAUGACACAAGAAUAUCGGGAUAAUAAAGAGUUCAAGCCGAAUGUUUCGACUACUGUCUCCGAAAAUAGAAUGGACAAAAAUCGCUACAACCACAUACUUUGUGCCGACGAGAAUCGUGUCGUACUGAAAGAACGUGACCCAUCGAACGACUACAUCCACGCAUCCUGGAUGAAAAUGCCUGAUGGAGUUCAAUUCAUUUCGACUCAAGGACCAAUUAAAGAGACAAUUGCUGACUUCUGGCACAUGGUUUACACGGAAAAGUGUUCGGCGAUAGUGAUGUUGUGUCAGUAUACUGAGGAUGAAAAGGAGAAAUGUCACAAGUAUUACUCGAGAAACUCGGAGAAACUUUACGGAGAUUACAAGGUGAAAGUAAUGAAAUGUUGGGAUGAUGUGUUCAAACCGGUCAAACUCACCAUCAUUGAGAUACAGAAAAAAAACAGUCCUAUCACUCACCGGGUUCGUCACUACUGGUAUUACGACUGGCGAGAUCAAGUGGCUCCACUUGACACUGCUCCGUUAAGGAAGUUGUAUAAGGCUGUUCUGGAGAAGAGUGACUCUAAACCAAUAGUAGUCCACUGCUCUGCGGGUGUCGGUCGUACUGCUACAUUUAUCGGAAUCCAUUUGGCAUAUGUCAUGAUUCGAGAGAGUCCUGCCGUUGAAAUGGUCGAUGUUAUGAAAAGACUUCGAAAAAUGAGAUUAGGAGCCAUCCAGUCUCAACUUCAAUAUGUGUUUCUGAUCAUGUGUCUUCUUGGAAUAUUCAUUGAAGAGAAAGUAUACAGGCCGGAUAAAUUAUACGAAGGAUUUCAGCAAAGGUAUUCUGAUGUGACACGGAAAGUGACGAAAGCCAUCAUGGAGGAAGAAAAACAGAAGCAGGAUCAACAGAAAAAGGAAGAGGAAAGAGAAGAAAAAGAAAGAGAAAAGGAGAAGGAAUGGGAAAAAAAUCGAGAUAGAGAAAGAGAAAAAGCGAAAGAAAAGAGGGAUGACAAGAAGGAUGAUAGGGAAGCACCGGCAUUGAGAGAAGACAAAAGGAGAGAGAAGAAUCUGGAGUCUCCGUCGAAACCGCUGUUGAGAAGAGAUCCUCCAUCUCGUCCAAGUCGGAAACUUCCAAACACUGGAGAGGAGAAAACUUCAAGAGACAACGGUUCGAAAUAUGAAAAUUCGUUAGCUGAGGAAAGAUCAAGGAACAAACAGAAGAGUGUCUACGUGAAAUGGCCACUUUCAUCGAAAGAGAAACGGAGUAAGCACGAAAGACAGAAACCGAAACUGACGAAGAAUACGAAUAGAAAGAAAAAGAGACCUACUUCCAAUCACUGA